AUGCAAGCUACGCUGGAGGAAGUUGAGCUGUCCGCAUCUGGCGGCACCCACGUCUUUGGCCCUGGACACGACCGCAAACUCGCAGACCUUCGCGCCGCCCAGAUAGCGCUUGCGCAGGCGUGGGCGAGAAGUGAAGCAGACGAUGCCGUCGAAACAGCGCUGCGCGAUAGCUCUGUCCACUCUCCGGGCGAUGAGUUCCGAAAUUUGAAGGGAGCUUGGGCAGAUGCGACUCGACAUGGGAGCGGUGAUGGAGCAGAUCCAGCAAAAGACCGGCUUGGAGCAAAGGUCGAGGACGAAACGGAGCUGGACAUUCUUCUUGCCAGGAAGCGGCGAGACGCAAAUGAUGAGUACUUCCAACGAGUCAACAACGGCGUCAUUGACGUUGUUACGAAGCUGGAAGACGUUGCUGUGGCCAUGCGGGCGGUUGAGCAAGAGAGUAAUGAAGUCUGGAACGAGAACACGAGCUUGAGCGAUAACGAGAUUGAGUGA